CGUUCACGAUGGGCCGAUUCUCUACUUCCACGCAAACUGCUGGGAAAGACCGAGGAAGGGAGUGACUGGUUGAAAGGCGUGGCAAUAUGCACUGGCAUCACAGGCCUGAUCCUUGCCAUCAAUAUCAUUCUGACCAUUACGGCGGCGGCUAUCGCUUAUUCUCGAAAAACAAACCAGGGACAGUUCCAGAUGGCAGAAUUGUACAGUGGACAAUGCACACGCUCCAGCCACUGGGCGACCGGACUCCAUGUGGUGAUUAACGUGUUGAGUACCAUUCUCCUUGGAGCCAGCAACUACGUGAUGCAGUGUCUGGGCGCACCAUCCCGGACCGAUAUCGACCAGGCCCAUUCCAAGUCCCGAUGGUUGGACAUUGGCACCUUUAGUCUUCGCAACUUCGCCGUCAUGGGGAUCCGACGGAAGAUCUUAUGGCUGCUGCUUCUGAUUAGUUCGACCCCAAUCCAUAUGGUUUACAACUCGGCCGUGUUUUCAUCAAUAUCGACUUUCGAUUACGGGGUUUUUAUGAUCCCUAAUGAUCUAUCACCAACCGAGUCCUUGGUAAAUGAUGUAAACACCAACAGCAGCAAGGCUUUCCAGUCUCAUGUUGGGUCUGAUGCGACUGUUGUUCGAGAGCAAAUCUUCAACGGGAGCUUUACCAACACGACAAUUGCGGAUUGUCUUGCCAAGUACAACGUGGAAUUCAAUACCCAGUAUAGCACGCUCAUUUUUGUGGCGGAUCGAGAAUACUUUCACAAUACUAGUAGUCUCAGGGGCAUGAAUAUGCGGGGACUCAACAGCCCCUAUUCAAUAUACAACGACCUUCAGGAACAUCCAUAUGGAUUGGUCAACUGGACAAUGAACCGUUGGUACUGGAGCUAUCGCGUCCCCUUCUAUUGGUUCGAUAACCCGGUGCAAAUCGUUCUUCCGUCUCAUUGUCUAAUCAAAGAGGAGGAGCAACGCUGUCAGCUAUUCUUCAGUCUCCCGCUCGCGAUAGUCGUCAUCAUUUGCAAUGCUACCAAAGCAGUCUGCAUGCUGUUAGCAGCCCGGGUUAAGCGCAGGGAUCUCCUGUUGACCGUGGGCGAUGCGCUGGCCUCGUUCCUCACGCGGCCCGAUUCCACCACUCGUGGCCGAUGUUUGCUCUCGCGUGCAGAGAUAGCCCGGGGGCCUCAAGCCUGGAGUUUCCCUGCUGCCACUUUCGGUCCAUUGAAAGGAUAUGCUCUGCAGCAGCAACCCCCGGUCCCAACAUCCCACCCGCUGGAGAGCCCUUCGGCGGUACCUGAAAUCCAUCCCAGUCUUCUUCCCCAGCGCAAAAGAUGGUAUCAAGCGGCCAGCUGGAAUCGUUGGGCGGUGGUUCUCUUCUUCUUCAUCUCCUGCAUAAUCACAACCAUCUAUCUUUUUUCACGCGCCAUUAUUGCAGCCGAAUCCUUUAAGUCUGCCAUGGACCUCGGUUUCGGGCAAACCAGCGCAGACAAUAUGAUCAAGUAUCUUUCAACCAACAUGAUCGCCCUCGUUCUUCUCGCCAACACCCCGCAAAUUGUCCUGUCAGUUCUCUACUUUCUUACCAACAGCACUCUUACCUGCAUGCUCGUCGCCGCAGAAUGGGACCGGUACGCCCGGCACCGCCGCCCACUGCGAGUAUCCUGGCCGCGUGGCCAGCAACGGUCGACCUAUUAUCUCAGCCUCCCCUACCGGUACAGCAUCCCGCUGCUUGUCCUGUCUGCCACACUGCACUGGCUGCUCUCACAGAGCAUAUUUUUCGUAAGUAUCAAGACGUACCCCGUGGACAAGGCAGAAGUUCCGGGGCCUUCAUCCCGCGGAUGUUGCUACUCUCCGAUGGCGAUGUUUAUUACGCUCUGGGGGGUCAUCUUGGCCCUGGGCCUGCUGCUGGGGAUCGGGACUCGGCGGUUCGGCUCGCAUAUGCCGUUGGCCACACAUUGCAGUGCGGCGAUUAGUGCAACGUGCCAUCCGCCGGAUGGGGACGAGGGAGCUGCGCAGAAGCCAGUCAUCUGGGGCGAAAUUCCUCGGCAGGUGACGACGGAGUAUACGGGUGCAGAUGCAGCGCUGGAGGACGACGCGGAGGUUUCUCACUGUUCGUUUACGUCUUUGGAUGCUGUGACGCCUAGUUCUGGGCGGUUUUACUG